UGUAACUUGACGCGAGUUUGGUGCAGCUGUAUUCUUUGCAAAGGAAUGUUGCUGCUCCAUCUCUGUCGGGAUGGUGGACUGUCAAAUAUUUUGAGAGAAAUGUGUCAGCCCUGCAGGUGUUUAUCACAUUAACAAACAGUGAGUAACUGUACCUAGUAUCGCCUGGUGGAAAGGAGCCGGGCUAGCUGCCGUUUAAUGGCAUUACACGUAGAAUGGGUACAGCUAGCUAGGCUAAUGGUGGCUAGCUAGCAAACAGAGACCACGGAUAACGUUACCUGUUAGCCAGCCUUGGCAACGAGCCGGGGUGUCUCAUCUCUCUUUAAAGCCUCUGGUGACCUUGACUCAUCAGUAUUGCUGUCCUGUAACAUUCUCCAUCAGUUGUGUGACCUACCUUUUGGUAGAGUUUCACUGUAUUAUUGCGUGUUCACUUGUUAGUUUAAGCCUCGCCAAGAUGUUUUCAGCUCUGAAGAAGCUGGUGGGAUCUGAACCAGGGCAGCUCAAGGACAAGAAUAUUCCCGCUGGUCUGCAGUCUAUGAAUCAAAGUUUACAGAGACGUUUUGCCAAGGGGGUCCAGUAUAAUAUGAAAAUUGUUAUCCGGGGAGAUAGAAAUACUGGCAAGAGUACCCUAUGGCAUCGACUGCAGGGCAAAAAAUUUUUGGAGGAGUACAUUCCCACUCAGGAAAUCCAGGCUACAAGCAUCCACUGGAAUUACAAAAUGGCUCCAUAUCAAGCUACAGAUGACGUGGUCAAAGUGGAGGUGUGGGACGUGGUAGACAAAGGCCAAAAAUAUCCUCUUCCCGAAGGUGUAGGCAAAGGCAAAAAGCGCGGAGAGAAUUUGAAACUGGAGAAUGAGCCACAAGAGUCAGAUGAGGUGGCCUUGGAUGCAGAGUUCCUAGAUGUGUACAAGAACUGUAAUGGGGUCAUCAUGAUGUUUGAUAUCACCAAGCAGUGGACAUUCAACUACAUCUUGAGGGAACUUCCCAAAGUACCCAAUCAUGUGCCGGUGUGUGUGCUGGGAAACCACAGGGAUAUGGGCGAGCAUCGUGUUAUCCUCCCUGAUGAUAUCAGAGACUUGAUAGCUGGACUCAACAGACCAAUGGGAUCGUCUUAUAUCCAUUAUGCUGAGUCCUCCAUGAAGAAUGGGUUUGGACUGAAAUACCUGCACAGGUUUUUCAACAUCCCCUUCCUGCAACUUCAGAGGGAGACCCUCCUGAGGCAGCUGGAGACUAACCAACUGGAUAUGGAUGCCACCCUUGAGGAGCUGUGUGUGCAGCAGGAGACUGAGGAUCAAAACUAUGAGAUUUUCCUCGAGAACAUGGAGUCCCGCAGUAAAGGCUAUGGCUCCCCUGGUCCAGCCAAUGGCCAGAGUCCCUCCUCAGGCUCCCAGUCACCCAUCGUCCCUCCCAGUGGGGCAUCCACAAGCAGCUCCAGCCCAGGCACCCCUCAGCCCCCCGCCCCAUCCCAGAUCCUGCCACAGUCACAGUCCUUGUCUACUUCCCCCACUCCUUCUGCGCCUGCUCCUGUUCCUGUUCCAGCUGUGGUUAGUGGGACAGCCUCACCUAUAGCUGAGUCAAAGCCUUCUACCCAGACACCUGAGCACCUUGGAGCCUCUCAGUCUUCCACAGCAUCUGGAGCCCCGCUUGCCCAGAAACGUGGCUUCAUUUCCCGCUGGUUUGGUUCAUCCCCCACCCCUGAGGCUCCCCCUGCUGUUCCAGAGGAACCUCCUGCACCUGUCUGUCCUGCAAAGGUUCAGAGUGUGGAUGAUUUUGUACCAGAUGAAAGACUAGAUAGAAGCUUCCUAGAGGAGAGCCUGCCCUCCAAGUCUAAGUUGUGUCAGCCAGCAUCUUCUCCUGCUGUGGACAGUGACAGUGAUGGUGAAGGCAGAGGAAACCCCAUGGUGGCUGGAUUCCAGGAUGAGCUGGACCCAGAUGACACUGAGCCCCCACUCCCCCAACCUAAGAGCCUGCCUCUUAGUAAAGAUAUUACUCUGACUAGUGAUGAGGAGGCAGAGCCAGUUGCCCCUGCCAUCACACGGGACCAAGACCUGGACAGUGAGCCUGAGCUGAAGCCCCCGACCAAUAUCAUAACCAAACCAAAGGUGGCAUCUAAAGGUCCAGAGAUUAAAGGUCCGGAGCAUCUCCAGAGCUCAGGACCCAUUACCCUGACAUUAACCCCCGGCCUGGCAGCAGAGCAGCCAGCCCAACACCCAGGCAAGAAGAAGGGGAGCACUCCCAGGGCUGACGACUCUGAUACAGACCCAGAGGCCCCUGUGGCCCAGCAGAUGCUUUCUUUUGUCAUGGACGACCCUGACUUUGACUCUGAAGCGUCAGACACACCAAAAAUAGCCAAGGAUGGAUUUCCAGUCAGGGAUGAGCUCCUGUCUGACCUUUCUGAUGAUGAUAUCGAGUUAGCCAAAGCACCAGAGCCUCUGAAACCCACCGUCAUCUCCUUCAAACACAAGAACGACACUGACCUGUUUGGCCUUGGCAUCCAGGAGGAGACUCCUGCCGGCAAGGAGAGCAGUGAGGAACAAGAAGAGAAAGAAAGCAAACACUCCUCGAAAGAGAAGAAGAAAAAGAAAAAGAAAAGCAAAGAGGAGGAUGAAAAGAGCAAGAAGAAACACAAACACAAGAAAAAGGAGAAAGAUGAAACGGGAGCAGGAGAUGACAAAGAAAAAAAGAAAAAAAAAUCCCGGUCCAAGAAAUCAGAAGUGGAUGAGCUGGAGGACUUUCUAGGUGGAGGAUCAGGAUCAUCCAAAAGAGAGGGUGGAGAUUAUGAAGAACUCUGAAAAACACACUUUUACUUGGAAGUGAAGCCGCAGAACAGCAGUGAGCCACAUGGUUGCUUUAAAACCUCUGGGUUCCUUAACUUGUUUGUUCAUAGGCAGCAUCUGCAAGCCAUAGGCAAGGUUACCGACGACACCCAGGUAAAACAGUACCUACUCUGAAUCUGUUUGUUGCUUCUGAUUGGUUGAUUUCCCCAUCUGCGCUACUACUGCUGUCACUCUCAUUCUGACCAAUAAAACAAAAUCUGACUGACAUCUGCUGUAGUGAUGUGAUGGUUGACAGGGAGCAGAGCCUCAAGGGAAUGAUCCUUUGUACACUAAGACUAAAACUUGUUUUCAUUUAAAUAAUAUAGUUAUUCAAGUGGACCUCUAAGAAUCAGCUGAUGUAAAUAUAGGGUUCCCAUUGUGUGUGAAUGUCUGUGUGUUUGCUGUAAUGACGGAGAGCAUGCUCAAAGUGACAACUGACUUCAUGGUCAGCUUUAAGUGUUCAUAUUUAUUUUCUUUCUUUUAAUUUCCUACUCUGUGAUACAAAUGGUUUGUGGCAGAAUUUUGUGCAGCUCUAGUUUUGCAUGUGUACUUUCAAACACUAUGUUGGAAUUCAGAGGGAGAUGAUUGAAGAAUUUUGCUCACUACAAGGAAAGGAUCUGACAUGGGCUAGGUACUGGCACUGUUUUUCUUAUUUGAUUCAAUUCUGAUUCAUAUGGUUCUUUGAUUCUGUUCUGAUCUCGAUUCAGUUCCAUUUCAGCUCACUUAGGGAUAUUUCAGAUACUGUACCAGUUUUGCGGCGUACAUAGUGCUUUGCUUGUGUCCAGCUCUUCAUUACCAUCAUGGUUUUUAAAUUCAAAAUGCAUAAAUAGCUCUUUCCUUGGGCUUAGUGGUGCUGAUUUGACAAAUUGUUUCCAGAUUGUUGAAAUGAAGAUUGCAAUUAAAUGGAAAAUCAGUAUUUCUUCCCAGCCCCAGAUCUGUCUUUUCACCAGGUGGGAAAUAUUGCUCAAUAUUUUCUGUGGCCUACGAGGGGUGAUUGUUAAGUUCAUCAUCUAUGUUAGAGGUAAUCAGUUUUAGAAAAUCAAACAUUUAUUUUUCAACAUAGUCCCCUUGUACAUUAACAUACGUAGUCCUGUGAUCAUGGAUCUGUGCACAAUCCCCUAUCUGGAAAUGCUCAGCAGCAUUAGUGACAUCUGAGGCAAAAUGGUGACCACCAAGCUCCUUUUUCAUUUACAGGAAGAGGUAGUAGUCACCAUAUCCACAUAGAAUUGAAGCAAGGCCAACUGGACUUUUUGUAGAUUCUCAAAGACGUUUCACUUCUCAUCCAAGUACCUCCACUCCUGGAGUCACUGGAGUGACUCCACUGACACUCAAAAUGGUGGUCACAACAGCAUCUUCUUGAAUGAGAAGUGAAACAUCUUCAAGAAUCUACAGACAAGUCCAGCUGACCUCCAUCCAACUCUAUGUAGAGAACCAGGCCUGGAUGACUGAGAAUCUCCACAGACACUGUAGUAUUAGAACAUACCAAAUUAGGAGAAUAUAACAGGUGUGCAACCAGUUUUAAUCCACAUCUCUGGACUGGAGCUUUGGCCACGGUGGACAUGUGGACUGGAGCAUUGUCCUUUUGGAAGAGCACCCCUCUUUUUACCUUUCCACCCUGAAUCUUCUUCAUCUUCCCAUGUUACUGUCUCAGGAGAUAAACAUGGUCAGCCCUAGAGAUAGAUGACCCUUUUCCACCAGCAGCACUCCCUCUGUUUCCAGAAAACCUUGCCUGCAGACAUCAUCUUACUUUACUGAGAUGCAGUAAGCAACAUAUAAAGAAUAAAUACGACACUAAUUUGCACUAGUACCAGUCUUUGCUUCCACUAAUAUUGAAUGACUAUAAACCCCUAUACCUCUGCUGCUGCUGUUUGAACUUUGACAGAACAGAGAUUCAACUAUAUAACAAAACACACAUUACAAAAUGAAAAAAAAAAAAAAAAAAUUCAGUUUGUAAGAUUUUGGUAGUACUUCAAGGUCUUAGGAUCACAGACUUGUGAACACUCAAAUAGUCAUAAUGCCUUGCACUAUACAGCUUUGUCAUCUCCCUCUCUGCUCCCAUCCUCCCUCUGCCCCACUGAAGGCUCAUUAUCAUUUCAAUAAUUACAAAUGUAGAUAUCUGGUCAUUUCUUAAAACAUUUUGAUGUUAAUUUUCCGGAUAAUUUCUUCUAAUUUUUUCCUAAUUUCUUGCUAAAUAAAAAAAAAAAGAAAGAAAAAAAGAAAAAAAAAAGAAAAUGGAAAAUUAGCAAAAAUACUUUAAAAAAUACAACAAACCUGCAUUUAUAAUUAUAUAAAUUGUAAUUCAUAAUUAAAAUUAUUUAUGUAAACAUCAGCUCAAUGAUGACAUCAGAUUUCUUGUCUUAAAAAAAAGCUUGAUUUUUUUUUUUCAGGCAAAAUCACUUCAAAUGGAGUUCCAUGGCAUAUUGAAACUCCAGAAAAUGAAGAAGUUUCAAAAUCUCUGAUACAGCUCAUCUCCUUCUGCUUGACGCUGCCAUCUUAACAUUCACCCCCCGUUUGACAGGGAACAACAGUAGUCAUCAUUUGGGUGUAUUCAUCAUUUGUAUUCUGCUAUUGGAAAAAUCAAGUAGGCUGACGACUUUAUGAUAUCAUUAUUAUUAUUUUCCUGCCCUGUGGACAAAACUGACAAUUGACUCCUGGCUUUUCUCCCAGAUUUACAGCAUAGGCUACAUAUUAUCAUAAUGUUUUCUUAAGAUGCCUUAAACAAGGUGAUUACAAGGGAAUGAUGCACCGCUAUCCUCAUGAAGCAGUUUUAAGUGUUCUUACUAUAAAGCAGAAAGCAGUUUCACAUGGAUCCAGAAUGAUGAUGUGGCAUUUUAUUGGUGAAUUUCUUUUCAAACACAGGCUACAUCGUUCACGAAGCCUAUUAUUAGGUUGCAGUGAAACAUUACAUUUGUUUUUGUUUGUCUUUUGUUUUUGUUUGAUUCUUAUUUGACAUCAAAGCACUCUACCAUUAUGAACAGAGUAUUAUUUAAUAAUGUUAAGGUGUUCUCUGCAAGUGCAACUUUUCCCAAGAAUUUCUUUACUUUAUUAUUUAUUGCUUUAUGCUCAAAAAUGUGUGGUUCAUGUUUCUGUGAUUUUUGAUGAAAUUGUGCAUACAAACAGCUGAAUUGUUUUCUGCAGAACCUUCAUGCAGCUUUUUGUGGGCUUUGGCUGUUCAUAUUUCUUGAUGUUUUCUACUCACUCAUCCUCCACUGUUUAACUAUACUGCUUUUUUAGGGAAUUUAUUUGGUGAUGCAAAUAUGAUAAAUGAUAAUACCUUCAUAUGAACUUGCUAUUUUGUCAGAUACAUCGAAUUGCCUAAUCAAGAAAGACAGAUUUACCAAACUGUGCAGAGGCUUCCUUAAGUUGCAUCACUCAAAUUUAUUAAAUUUGUGAAUUCUUCAUUAUUAAUGAAAGCAAGCAAGAUCAGUCUGUGUUCAAAUGCACAAAGCACCUAUUCAACCCCAGCAAGAGAUCAAAAAUGUGUCUUUUUAAUAAAUUUUAUCUCCAAAAUGUCCAAAUUUAUGUUUUGGCAAGUUUGUAUUCCCAUCUACUUUACAUUUACAUUCUAUUGAUUUACAAAGAAAUUAUAUUUAUUAUUCCAAAGUUGAAACUAUGCAGCAUUAAUCCUGAAUACUGUACCUCCUGUUUUGUCUUGUGUCAUGUGAUAAGGAUAAAUGCUCAAAGCACAGUUUCAAAGUCAAGCAUGAGACUUACAUGUAUACUAAGAAAAGAAUGUAUGUGUAUAUACAUGUGUAUAUACGUGUGUGUGUGUGUGUGUGUGUGUGUGUGUGUGUGUGUGUGUGUGUGUGUGUGUGUGUGAAGAGCUUUGUUCCAAAAUGACUCCAUGUGGGAAAAAAAAAUGACAGAUUAAUUAAAGAAAUUACUGGUCAGAUAAAUAAAUAAUCUACUUUACUAAUACUAACUAUGACUGUAUCUAAUAUGCACUUUGGAAAUAUUGAUCAUGAGCUUAAGGUAACGUUUCUUUCAGAUGGAUGUAUUGUAUUUUGGAAUAAAACCCUUCAUUUAUUUUCACCCCAUGACAUUUUCCAUCUUCACACUGUGGGUUUGCCCAUGUUUGGUUUGUCUAAUAAAUGCAAACUUAUUUCUUCAUA